GUUAAGUUUAUUUGCUCCGUAUAGCCUCGCUUCCAUCACGGAGUCGCGACAUGGACGAAAUGAGAAGCCUUAGGAAAAAAAGUCGACGAAAACACUAGGAAAGAUUGUUUAUUAUGUGCUUAUUUGUGUGUUACUUGUGACUGAAAGGGGAAAGACACUUCUUUCCAGGUGAUGUCAUAUUUUACAGACGUUUCCUGACCAUCUAAGGCUACUGCAUCAGAUUUUAAUGUUUGAAAAUGAUCCCUGUAUCAUUGAAUUUCAACAUGGGCCAAGGAAUAAAAAGAAAACUGGAUGUUUAUGAAACAGAGAAAACACCACAAAAUCAAAGGCAGUCCAUUGUGGACAUAUCAGUUUGCAAACUUCAAGUCAACAAAAGUGUAAAGAAAGUAGAGCCAUCACUUCUACGUUCAGUACUUAUCUUAAAUACUUUAAAACAUAUUGAAUCUGAAUUACGAAAAGAAGGACAUUGUGCGCCAACAAAUACAACUGCAAUGGACAUUCCUGAAGUGAAUCCAAACUCGACAGUCAUAGACUUCUUACCUGAUCAACCCAUUCAGGUGUCGAACGAUUCUAACAGCGCAACAGAACAAUUUGGACCACUUCCAUCCAUCGAUACUUUUGUUGGAAACAGAUCAGUUUCAUCAGAGAAGAUAACAAUGGAAACUUCUUCAUUUCCAGUUAUUACAGAGUCUUCACUAACAACCAUUUACCCAACAACACUGCGGAUUGAUGAUAUUUUCAAUGAUUUAGAAUUUAAUAUAGCCGACUAUGAUAUAUUUUCAAGUGUUGGAAAUAAUAAGCUAACUCCUCUCAGUGCUGAUGAGGUUCUACAUUCCUGUCCAAAUUCAUCAUCACCGUUUGGUAGUGACUCUUUUGCUACGCUUUCUAAUGCAUCUCUAUCUCCUUUCUGUAAAUCAGAAUCAGCAUUUGAAGAUCUGGACAAUAUCAUGCAAAUUCUUGUUGGAUCGUGACCUGAUUUAAAUCAAUGUUAGCUUUACUUCCUAGGCAUGGAGUUUGUCAUGAACAUUAAAAAAGCUAGCAUUGAUCACUUUCUUAAAUCUUCAUGAAGCAAUCAUAAAUAAAACUGAUGGAAAGUAGAUUCCACAUGGAGUUUAGACGUCGGAAUGUGAAUGAAAUGUUGAUGCAUUUGGAUCAUAUUUGAUGAAAGUGACCUUUUGAACUGUGCCUAGUCUUGCUUGAUGUGCAAUGAGAACCACAUGGAGUGCUGUCUGUGCCACAGACUGUGAUGUUAGUUCUAGGCAUGACAGUAAACACUCACCAUUUCAUGCAAUAUAAGUUAAUCAAAACUUGUUACUGUUUGUAUUAUUGUGUUAACGGACAUAUUCAUUUUAAAUUAUUUAUUGUUCAUGGCCAUUUUAGAAGUGUUAUUUAUUUAUUUAUGAAAAGUGAAAAAACUACUUGUUUAUUUAUUGACAUGUAUUGAGUAUAAAGAAAGGAGGAUUGUUCUUGGUGUUGUUGGUAUGUCAGUAUACCAAUUACCCUUGUGUAUUUUGCUUUAGUUUAUGGUAUAUAAGACAUAUCUUGUUCUUAGAUGUAGAACUUAAGUAGAGAUUAAAGAAAUUUCUUAUAUUACAUCAUUUUAACAAUGGCACAUACACUAAUAUAAACAUGGCCAACUACUUGGACACCUUUGCAUACAUGGCAUGUUCUGAAGUAAGUUUUGGGCUUAAAUCAAUAUAACAAGUCGAAUCAGAAGCAUUAUAAUAUAUACAAUGUUUUUUUACAAACAAACAAUUUUGUUUUUAUUCAUUUAAAAAUUAUUUUAUAGUUUAAAAAAUGAUGAUGAUCUGAACCACUUGUACCAAGACUGGCUAGCUGCAUAAAACGAUGGACUACUAAUGCAAAAAUCGCGGGCUUGAUUUUGAAUCAGCCACAUUACUUGUGUGGGAUUGGUCAAUAAAUCCUUUCUGCAGCUCCUUUCCCCUAUAGCUGUGUUUUUAAAGGCAUUUGUUAGUUAAUUGCACUUAGUAUGUUCAGUAAGCACUGUUAACCAGCGAACCCAACAAGUUGGUAAGCUGACCGCCAUAAUGUUACUGAAAUACUGUCGAAAACAGCCAAACAAACAUCUAAAACAAAACAACAUCUCCACUCUCUAUGAAAUGCGAUAAUAAAGUUCUCAAAAUCCAUUGUUUUCCAUACUGAAUGUUAACUUUGAAUCUACUUGAACUUGCUGUGAUACAAGUUAUGGUAAGGUGUAGAAAUAUCUCAAUUAUUAAUAUUGUUGUUAUAUUUGCCAUAUAUAUUUUGUAUUGGACAGUUUUAUUAAUGUAAAUAAUUCAACUUGUUUUAAUAUUAUAGAUAGCUUGUGGUAGGAAAUAUGUCCGUCAAAAUACAAAGAAGCUGUGCCCUGCUCUUUUUUAGCUCACCUGAGCACAACGUGCUCAUGGUGAGCUUUUGUGAUCGCAUUUUGUCCGUCGUCCGUUGUGCGGCGUCAACAUUUGCCUUGUUAACACUCUAGAGCCCUAAUAUUUUAAAGGGUAAAAGUGAACAUUUCAGAUUAAAGAAAGAUAUAUUUUGUAAUGUUUGUACACAUACAAGGCAUAUUUAAGAAAUGCUCAUAAAAGGUACAUCUAGUAUGAAGGUGAAGAAAUUGUGUUAUUGCAAGUACAUUUUUUACAAAAGAAAUGAACUAGGGGUUUGAAAGUUUAUGCAACUUAGCAAGAGUGGUAAAUUCAUUGGUCAGUUAAUGCAAAAUGGUUCCAAAACCGAAAACACAUAAAUUGCUUGUGGUUGAUAUUCCAUUGAUGGCAAUAUUGGUUGUUAAACUGAAAUGUGAUAUGGAGCUUUUAAUGUGCACAAAUUGUGUGAUGUCAGGGUGGACUUACAUGUGGAGGUGCUGGAUAGUUUGAAUACUUUGCUUUGUCUUACGCAAUCUGUAAAUAUACAAUUUUACUAUUUAUUUGAUAAUUAUGGUAUAUCAUAUGUGUGUGUGCAUGCAUGCGCAGCAUGCGUGUGUGUGUGCUAUACAUUCACUUGAAUUUUAUAAAAACUUUGCAUGUACAGCGAUAUAGCUACACUAAAAAUGUCAAGUGGCCUGACAAAACAGCAAGGCCACUUAAAUUAAAGUCUGUUGCAUGGUAAAAUUUGUACAUUGUAAGGGACAUAAUUAUGUUGUUUGUUUGUUUUUCAUUUAAGAACUAAUAUUCAAUCAACCUUCAGCAUGCUUCCAUGUGAUAUGCUUUUAUUAAAUAAAAUUUAGUGUUCAUACAUGUAAUGAUUAAUACAGUAUCAUAAAGGAAGGGUCCCCUCUGUGACUCUGUUUUAGCUAAAUCCCUACAUAAAUAUUGAAAGAAAAAUUGUUGUGAAAUGUCUUAAUCAAAGAAGUAAGGGUUUAAGAUAGAAGGAAGUUUUUAGAAAUGCUUUUUAAUGCUUUUACUGAUAUAUUUAAUAUUAUCUGCAUUAAUUCAAUAAUAAUAAAUAUUUGGUACUGUUGAAAUUAUUGUUCAAGAUAUUUAGCAACUUUGCCAUAAUUAUUGUAAAAUUUUGCUGUAUUUUGUAAUGUGAAUGCAUCUUAUGUACCAAAGAACAUGUUUCAAAUAGUGUUAUCUACAUGCGUUUAUGCAUAUCAUUUGUGUCCAAGACAAGGUUUGAUCAUACUGCAUGAGUAUUCAGGCUUGACAAUCACACAAUUAUAAGCCUUUUCUAAGUAUUUUGUUAAGGCACAGUGGUAAAGACCCUCAGUUGACAAUGGGUUUUCUUUUAAUUUGAAAUAUCUUAUAUUAAAUUUCACAUACAUCAGCAAAUAUUAAAUAACAAGGAUUCGAUUUUCACUGGUCAUUUUUAAGCCUCCACGGAUUGGAUUGCAUUAAGAAUUGUACUUGUCUGCCUUUCUGCUUACAGAAGCUUUCAUUUUCAACUCGUCUUAAAACUGCAGUAUGGAUCUUUCUGUAAUUGAACAAAUUUAAUUAACUUAUUGUGUAGAUGAUCAUAAAGAAGGAAUUUUGGCUGCAACAAAUUUGAGCACAAUGAUGGUCAUGUUUCUGUGUGUGUCCCAAAGCUUGUGUUAACGAUUCCUUUUUAACCACUUGUUUGAUCUCUCUGAUACUUUUGAAUUUCUGAAAUGUGUAGAUGAUUGUAAAUAAAGACAUUAUUGCAAAAUAAUGGCCUUAUGUCUAUUUUUCCACUAAAUUAUCUUUAAUCCCCAAACAAUUUGUUUUCUAUUCCUCUUUUAUAACUUGACAGAUCUCUCUCAAACAUGUACUUAAAUGACCCUAAUGUGCGGAUGAAUGUUAAGAAAAAAAUUCUCGCAGGAACCUUUUUUGUUUUGUUUUUAAUAUAAAAUACAAUGUCUCAAAAUUUUGUGUUUUCAAUGACUCUUUUACUGCAAGGUGGUUUUUGUUGAUCUAUAACCAUCAUUCAUAGAAGAUGAUUUUAAAGAAAUAAAUUUCAGCAGUUUUUGUUUUUUCACUAAUAAUGUAAAGUCUCAAAAUUCUGUGUUUUUAACUUCUCUUACUUAUUUUCCGAUCUCCCUCAAAGUCACACAGCUGACUGAAUUACCGUAAUGUAGAUUUGCUAGCUGAGAAAGGACUUUUGGUUCUGACCAAUUUUUUGCUGAACGAUGCCCUUUCUUUGUGUCAACUGUAGAAUAUAUGGUAUAAGUGGCUUUGUACUAAAUGCUUUAUGAAGCUAAAACGUUGUAUGACCCAACUGCAAUAGUGUUUAAUAUUGUGUCCACAUUUUUAUAAAAGUGGUCUAAGUUAAUUGAUGUUUGCAUGUGUUAUCAUGAUUUUUAUACACAUUUUUGUCUCAUAGUUUCUUUUGUAAUAACAAGAUUGUGUAAAUAUUCUAUUAACUUAUUUAUUGAAUCAAAACGUCAUGCAGAAUCUAUACAACUGUGGUUGCUCAUUAUGUUGUUGGAUUUAUUACAUUUUGUAAAUAUAUUAUAUUUGUACAGAUUUUAUAUAAACAUUUGUAAACCAUUGUAUUUUGAUAAGAUUCAUAAUCAUGUGAAUGAUUGCAUUCUGACAUCCAUCAUUGUUUUAGAUGUCUUCAACUGUUACCACCUGUCUGAAGUUAAGUUAACAAGGACUAGCAAUAUGGGCAGUAGUUGUAUGUUGUUUGUUUCAAUGUGUGAUAUGUGCUAGUAUUGAACAGGCUGGUCAUGAUUCUUAGUUGUAUUGUAUAUGUUCUCUACAAUUUUUUUUAUAUAAUUUAGCAUAGCUAACUUAGUGAACCAAUGAGAAGGAUGUGGAUCUACUUUCUCCGUAACUCCCACAUUUUUUUCUACAACAUUAUUUUUGAAUUGAUGUACUGGAAAGUGACUUAUUGUGGAUGAAAAGAAUUCUUCGUUUGUUUUUAUUUGUCAUAAAAAAACGUUUUCUGUAUGCUCAUAUUACAUGGUUUUACUUGUUUUUUAUGCAAGUUUCAACUCUUGUAAUGGUGUCCUAACUGCCAAAAUGUUAAGCAUGAGAGUAUGGCACAUGAUGCCGAUAAAUCAAACUACGUGGUUUUCAUAGGCAAUGUUGUUUUUUUUUUAUUUCUUAUUCAUGAAAUGAAAACUUUUUUCCCCAAUCAUUCUAAGUCGAUUAAAAAAAAAAAAAUUGUUCCAGGGAAAAACAUGGCACACAGGUGGUGGGGCAAUGUCUUUUUAUGGCUAAAACCUAGUGACCUGUAUUAAAUUCUGUUUGUUUUUUAUAUCAAAAAUGGUUCCAUACAGUUAUAAAAUAGAUCAUCAGGUGGGAUGUGUGUGUGUGGGGGGGGGGCAGUUUUACUUGUGUGGCUACUCUAAAAUCAUGUGAACACUCUAGAAGUCACAUGUUUGACUCACCAAUACAAAGUUCUUUGGCACCUCAUGUUAACGCCUUUGGGAUUCUGAUCCUUCGGUUUCAUUUAAUAUACGAAAUGAUAGCAACGAAUGUUAAUAUUUCAGUGUUAUUAAGAACUAAUUCAAAUGUUCAGUUGGUAUUAGAUUUUAAAUCACUAUUGUUGAUUACUUUAUGCAAAUGUUGAAACAGUUUUUAUGUUGUUUUAUGUAUGUGCAACUGUUGAAAUAAUGAUCAAUUUAAGGAAUGUGUCAUUGAAAAAAGCUGUACUCUCGAUAUAUUAUAUAUUAUAAUAAACAUUUUAUUAUG